AGUAUUUAGCUCAAAUUUGAUAGUUGCUGUAUAGUCUUAACUUGUUGUAAAUCUGCAAAAGUAGUAAUCAAAGAAAACAAUUUAAAGAUGGAUGAAAGUACCAAUAAAUACAAUACGACAAACGCAAACCAUGUACGACCCUUCGGCAAAAAUGGAGCAAUUGCAUCGGCCGUUUUUCUUUUGCCCAUGUCAGUUUUUGGAUUGUUCGCGAACCUCAUCACUAUAAUCGUGAUUACAAGAUCAAAAAAGCUCUCAAAAUCUGUGUUCAAUCUCAUGAUCGUCAGUCUCUGCGUUUCUGAUUUAAUCUCUGCAAUCAUCAGUCCUUUAUCUCUUCAUAGACGAACAUUGGGAUAUGACCAUUGGAUAUUGCCAGAAUUUUUUUGCAAGUUGUUCUGGGCAGCUGACCAUUGGACAUCUUACGUAACGUCAUUGCACAUUUUAUUAUUUGCUUGUAUUCGAUUGGCCUCUGUAAAAUCACCAACAAAAUAUGAACGAAUGAAGAAUAAAUACGUCAAGGCUAUUGUUGGCGUAAUAUGGUCCGUAGCUUUUGGAUGUGGAUUCAUUCCAAUGUGGAUUUGGUUCGGCGUAAAAGCAUCAGAUCGACCUAUUGAUGGCCACGGUACAAAUUGGCCUGACUGCACAUUAUAUUAUGAAAGAAUUGAGCAGUUUCAAGUGUAUGUGAAAAUUGCGUACACAACUUUCUUUUAUAUCCCCAUGGUUGCAAUCCUGAUUAUUUCUCCAUCUAUUGCUAUAAUCAUAAUGAAACGAAGGAAAAAUAGAUUACAAAGAAGAAAUAUUGACGGUGUAAAUGCAUGUCCAAGUGAAUUUGAGGUGAAAAGUCAAAAAAAGGAAAACAGUGCAAUUGUACAACUGGCUGUGAUUGUGGGUUCUUAUAUGCUUGGAUAUAUACCUAGUUCAGCUUACUUAUUGUACGCAACUGCUGCACCUCAGUCAACAUUACAAGAACAGAUAUUUCAUUGGAAUUUUGGGACUAUUUCCUAUAUUCUUUUACGGUUGUCAGAAUGUUUGAAUCCAAUAUUCUACAAUGUUGCAUCGAGCAAAAUGAGAAAAGAGACGAAAUCGUUACUACGAAGUCCGGCUAAGAAGUGUUGUUCAAGAAGCACAAAUGUUCAUUCAGUGUCGAGCUCGUCUGUUAUGAAUUCACCAAGUAGAGGAAUCAAGCUGUAAAAUAUUUAUUUUUCAAGAAUUGACCUUGAUAAAAUUUUACAUAAAUCACGAUUAGUAGCAGAGCAAUACUGUAGACAUACAGCAUAUUUGUGUUAUUUUUUCAGUAAUUCUCAGAUAUUUCCUUCUCGAUUUAUUCAUAAAAGAUCUGUGUUAGUAGUAUUAAGAAGUUAUGUUUAAUUUUUCCAAAAAUUAUUUACAGUUCGGAUAUUUCCCCCCUUUGUUAUCAAUUAUUCUUCUAUUUUUAUUUGAGAGUAUAACUGGAAAAAAUCCGACAGUUCUAUUGAUAUUUUUUACCAGUACUAUAGUAUAUAAAUCAGAGGACAUAUGUAAAUAUAUAUACAUAAAACUUAACAAUAGUUAAUUAGAGAAAUAUAGGCACAUUAACACAGAAAGGUGUCGUUAUUUUUUCGCGUUUUCGAAUUUUCAUGCUUUUGGAGAUAUUUAAUAGUGUUAGAUAGAAACGGUUUACUUGAUGUAUUCCUGGUUGCA